GUAUGGCAAACAUAGCUGUCCUCACUCCAGAGGAUGGGAAUCACCGCGAGGAGAGUGAUUUACACUGGAAUUGCCUCAGAACUGGCAAUUCAAGUCUGGCACUGGGAACCACACUCCAUCCCCAGCCAUCAGGGCAAGGAAAAGGGAUGGGCAAACACUAGGUCAGCCCCUCCUGCCCCCCAGCCCCAGCAGGUCCCACAGCCAAGAAGGGGUGUCACCAAGCUGCUCCUCAGAUAGACACAGACCAAAGCCUUAUCCUACAACAUAAAUUUGGGAGCUGGACAAGAGCAAAGACACAGUCACAUGCACCACAGGCCUGCUGUGCAAGGUAACUCCUUUUUGUGGGAAGGGAUCCCAAAUUUAGAGGUGAAAACCUAUCAUGUUGGAAGCUUCCCUCAAACUGUGACUGUCUAAAGGCAAACAAGAAACUAUCUUUGGGGAGAAAGCAGUUGGCUUGCAUGGGAUGGCUCUGCCCACAGCCGGCAGGGCUGCCCAGCACCUGCUUCCCAUCCCCACAGUGAGCAGAGAAAUGGGUGUUUCUGCAGCAAGGGACCCUCCAGAGGGAACCCCAUGAAGAGCUGGGAAGAGGUGGGCAUGAAGUACCAGUCUCAUCUCUCAAGAAGAAGCAAUGAUGGCAGGACAACCCUACCAAAGCCACAGUGGAACUGCUUUUUUUAGGUGUUAGAACCAUCCUACAUUUUGAGAAAGGAUUACUACAGGAAAAAAAACAACCAACCUCUGCCCCACCAUGGCUGCACUCAGCCUGGGGGGCUCACAGCAGCUCCUCGCAGAGGGGUUAAACCAGGAAUCUCCAUGCCAGGCCCUAUGUCACACCAUGGUAGGGACCGGGGCACUCAGUCCUCCCUUGCACUCCCCUCUGCCUCUGUUGGCACUGGCAGCAUCCCUCACGGACAUCCUUUCCGAGGGGCUAUGGGGCAGGUGGCCCCUCUCUGUUCCCUCGGCCACCUAAACGCUGUUUCACACCUCGUGCUGCUGUUGCCAUCGCUGACACACAAGAUCAAACUUGUGGCAUUUUGCUAAAAGUUGUAGGAAGUCGUUCCAGCUAUACUCCCCGCCUUUCCUUACGCUUAGCUUAGCAGACUUUCAGUACAUUCAUUCCCUUCUUUUUUCCCUUUUAACAAAAACAAGCAGAGUGCUAAGAAAUGCAAACCCUCUGGGAGGCUUUCAGCCUUGGCUGGACCCGCCUGAGCCUCCCCCCGGAGCAGGGAGGCUGCCGCUGGCCCGGGCUCAGCGGACGGCUUUCUGGGACAGUCAUUCCUGACUCCAGCCGGUGUCCGGGCGGCUGUGUGAGGGCAGAGCGAAGCCACUCCACGAUCGCUCGGCACCAGACGGCAGCGGCAUGGCGCUCCGGGGAGCCUGCCUCCUCCUCUGCCUCCUCCUCUGCCUCCUCUCUCUCGCCCAGGUCUCCGGCCAAGUCCGGCAGAAACCGGCGGCUUCCAAGAAAGAGGGUGUGAGCCUCAAAAUGAUUGAAGACCUGAAGGCCAUGAUUGACAACAUCUCUCAGGAGGUUGCUCUACUGAAGGAGAAGCAAGCGCUCCAGACAGUUUGCCUGAAAGGCACCAAAAUUCACCUAAAAUGCUUUCUGGCGUUUUCGGACACCAAGACGUACCACGAGGCCAGCGAAAACUGCAUCUCACAGGGCGGCACGCUCAGCACCCCCCAGAACGGGGAGGAGAACGAUGCUCUCUAUGACUACAUGCGCAAGAGCAUCGGCUCGGAGGCAGAGAUCUGGCUGGGCCUCAACGACAUGGCAGCAGAGGGCAAGUGGGUCGACAUGACAGGCAGCCCCAUCCGCUACAAGAACUGGGAGACUGAAAUCACCACCCAGCCCGACGGCGGCAAGCUGGAAAACUGUGCAGCUUUGUCGGGGACCGCCAUCGGCAAGUGGUUCGACAAGAGGUGCAGAGAACAGCUGCCCUACAUCUGCCAGUUCAUGAUCGUGUAGCGGCAGGGCCUCCCCCGUGCCCGCCCACAGCCCAUGUCUUCCCCCUCAGCAGCAGGAUUAUGAAGCUAUAGGUGUGUGUACGUGCACGUGCACAUGUACGUACGCACACCCGUGCGCACGUGUCCAAGUAGAGUCACUCUUUGCAAAGAGAGUCGUCAUGGCUCAGUGUCAGAUUGUAGAGCAUUAGAGCAUUUCAUUUGGCCAUAACCAGCCCUCUUAGCAGCUGCACUGUUCUUUCUAAGGCAUGAUUCAUAGAUAUAUUUUUUUACACAGGGAAUUUAUUAGGAUGGCUCAGUUGUUUUGGCAAAGAACCAGUGCAGCAGUCCAGCCUAGCAUACAGCUGCCUCAGCUGCCCAGGGCUGUCACUGUGCAAUGUCCUUUCCCAUCUUGCUGAGCUUUGUUGGGACACCAGCAGAGCUAAUUUCUUCUUUCUUCUCUUGUUUUCCUUCCCCAAAAACCUUGGCAGUGAUCCAUGGGAGCUCCUUGUUCCUCGUAGUGCCAUGAUUCAGCCUGAUGAGGAUCAAGGUCUUGUCUCAAUGAGUGGAGGGAGUUAUUCCUGCUUUGCAUUGACAGAUACAAUUGGGCUUAUUUGGCAGAGUACCAGCUGUUCAAUGAGUUGUCCAACUAGCUGAGUUAUGUGCCUGAACAAAUUAGCAAGUUACAGACAUGUUUGGUCCUUUCCUCAUCUGCCAGAAGCCAGUUUCACUGACUUCAGUGGGAGAGCAACACCCACUGCCAAUGAAAAAAUCCCAUCAGCAGCUUUAUUUAUGCUGCAGCAUCAUGGUGGAAGCAGCAAUGACUUGCAACAUAGUUAGUCAAAUAUAUUAUUAAAAAUAGAAGAUGAACGUAUUACGUAAAUAACAUAAACAUAAUGCUAUUAGGGAAUACACUGCUAUAUAAAAGCAAUGGUGUAUUGAAAACAAACUCCAGGACAACUCACUUCAGCAGCUUUAGGAAUAACCUGACCUGUUUAUGUGAUGAGAACCCAGAUGAAAUAGUCCAGUUGCUAGUCCAGACACAGUCCUCGGCAAGCAUAAAUCUGCUGAGCACUGUGCCAAUAUAGUCAUGCCCAGUUGAAGGUCUGGCCUCAGUAAUUUUUUACUGAGACAUGAGUAAAAGAAUAGAAAUAAAUUUAAAUUAACAGCAAUGAUGGGAAAGUAGUGCAGAUCACCCUGGCAGCUUAAUGAAGCUCUGCUGGCUGUUGGCUGAAAUGUAUCAGAGAUUCUUUGCAGUCUAGUGCUUGGUAAUAACCCCUCCAGUUUGGCUCACAUCCCUUGUGCUUCCAGGUUGGGGGUGUCAAGACAUGAUGCUGUUGGGGAACCCACAGGAUAGGUAUUCCAAUUUGCUGCUUUGUUUAAAAGCAGCAUGAUGGUAGGUCUUCCAAGACAUCAAGUUUGAGCCAAGCUGGAAACACACAUACGCAAAUGAAGAGUGCACGCUUCUGAGGCUGUCACUAUUGCCAAACUCUCUGCUGUUCAAAUGACUAUAAAAUAAAAAUAUCUACAUAGCUUGCUGAAGGAA